CCACACCAGUUGCUUGGCUGCCACAUAAGCUGCUAUGUACUCUGCCUCAGCUGUGGAAUGUGCCACAACUGAUUGUUUCUUUGAAAUCCAGCUGAAAACAUUCACUCCUAAUGCAAAACAAUACCCUGAAGUACUCAUCAUGCAUUCAUCACUACCUGCCCAAUCACUGUCAGUGAAACCAACAAGCUUGUUCUCACUGUUCUUGGCAAAAUGCAUGCCCAGAUUUUUUGUUCCCUGCAAGUACCUCAGGAUUCUCUUGGCUGCCAUGAAAUGCGUUUGGCUUGGUUCCUGCAUGAACCUAGACAAAUAAUUAACAGCAAAAAGUAUAUCAGGCCGAGAAAUGGUUAAGUAUAAUAGGCUCCCAAUCAAGCUUCUAUAAACCUUCCCAUCUGCUUUUGGUGCUCCAUCAUCUUUAACAAGUUUCAGUCCCAAAAUCAUAGGGGUAGAAACUUGUUUGCAAUUUGCCAUUGCAAAAUUGGUUAGUAUCUUCUGCACAAAGGUCUUUUGGCAUAGGAAUAUUCCUUGUUUAGAUUGAAUUAUUUCCAUGCCUAAGAAAUAAGACAUCAACCCAAGCUCAUUCAUUUCAAAGACCUCCUUCAUGCUUGUUUUGAACUCUUCAAUCAGCUGCCCUUUAUCACCCGUAAUUAGAAGAUCAUCUACAUACACAGAGACCAUUAGCACAUGAUUAUCAACAUGUUUCACAUAUAGUGUUACCUCAUUGAUGCUCCUCUUGAAUCCCAAACUCAGCAAGUGAUCAUCAAGCCUACUAUACCAAGCUCUAGGAGCUUGUUUGAGCCCAUAAAGAGCUUUUUUCAAUAAAUACACUUGGUUUGGAUUUUGAUUAUCAAAACCUGCUGGUUGUUCAAUAAAUAUUUCCUCAUCUAACACACCAUUCAAAAAAGCAGAUUUCACAUCUAAUUGAAACACAUACCAGCCCUUUUGUGCAGCAAGUGCAAGCAAAAGUUUCAUUGUUUCAUGCCUAGAAACAGGUGCAAAGGUGUCUGUGUAAUCAAUCCCAGCCUCUUGAGCAUAGCCUUUUACAACCAAUCUUGCCUUGUGUUUGUUGAUACUUCCAUCCGCAUUCAUCUUUGUCUUGAAUAUCCAUUUAACACCAAUAGUUUUCUUGUUUGCAGGUCUGUCAACAAGCAUCCAGGUCUGAUUUUUUUCAAUCAUAUCAAGCUCCUCCUGCAUAGCUUUUAACCAUACCUUAGACUUCAUUGCUUCUUCAAUCUCGACUAGUUCAGCUUCAGCCAUGGAGCACCUGUUGUAAAUGUCAUCUAGUGACCUUGUCCCCCUAACAGGUGCAUCAUCUAUGUCUCUUUCAUUUUCAAGUUCAUCAUAAAAUUCUGGUUCUUCAUGUUGAACUUGAUCUGUCCAGUUGACUGCCAAAUUCUCCCAAUUCCAUGAUGCAUCUUCUACAAACUUAACAUUUCUUGCAAUUAUAACUUUGUUAGCCAUAACAUCAAAUAUUCUAUAGGCUUUAGACUUUGAACUAUAGCCUAUCAUCACACCUACAUCAGCCUUCUUAUCUAGCUUUUUUCGAUUAACAUCAUGUAUCAACACAUAACAUAUGCAACCAAAGACUUUUAAAUGCUCAACAUUGGGUUUAACAUCAUACCAGAUUUCAUAAGGAGUUUUAUCAUCCAAAACUCUUGAAAACACACGAUUUUGUAUGUAUGAUGCUGUGUUUACAGCCUCUGCCCAAAACUUUAAGGGCAUUUUCUUCUCAUACAUUAAGCACCUUGCCAUUUCCAUCAAGGUUCUGUUUUUCCUUUCACUUACCCCAUUUUGUUGAGGUGUGUAAGGCACGGUCAACUGGUGUUUAAUCCCUUCUUUCAUCAAGUAAUUCUCCAAUUGUUGGGAAGUAAAUUCUCCACCAUUAUCAGACCUUAGCAUCUUCAUUUUCAGUCCAGUUUCAAGUUCCACUUCUGCCUUGAACAACAAAAACUUAGAGAACACAUCAGCCUUGUUUUUUAAGAAAUAAAUCCAACAAUACCUGCUAUAAUCAUCCACAAAUAGCAAGAAAUACUUUGAUCCAUUCAAAGAUUCAACAUGCAUUGGCCCACACACAUCUGUGUGUAUGAGCUGCAAUUUCGAAUUUGCUCUAAAAACAGAUUUUGAGAAAGCAACUUUGGUUUGCUUUCCCAAUUGACAAGCCUCACAAAGAUUACCUUGAUCAUGUAUGCUUGGUAAUCCACGUGCCAUCUGUAACUCAGCCAUUUUGUUCAAUGCAACAUAAUUAUAGUGUCCCAACCUUUUGUGCCAAAGAAUUGAUUCAUCAUUCUUGCACAUGUUGGCAGUCCAACAUAUCUCUUUCAAAUCUGCAUUGAAGCAUCUAUUUGCCAUUUUUGCACACAACAAAAGUGUCCCCAUUUUAUCUCUAAUAACACACAUUCCAUCAUCAAAAAAUAGAGAAUAGCCAGAUUCUAAUAGUUGACCCACACUCACCAAAUUCUGAUUAAUAUUAGGCACAUACAAGACAUCAUGUAGAGUUUUUGUACCUGCCCUUGUGUCCACUGCUAUUGCUCCUUUUCCUUCAACCUUUACAAAGUCUCCAUUGCCUAUCUUCACCCUUGAUUUAUAGCUUUUAUCCAAGCUACAAAAAAUUGAGAGGUCUGCUGUCAUGUGGUUUGUGCAACCACUGUCAAUGAGCCACACUGAAUUUGUCUCCUCUGGUUUUCUGAGCAUGUUGUGCAUUGUAGCUACAAAUAAAUGCUCAUCCUUUACUGCCAAGCUUUCUUCUUCUUGAGCUUGUUUUACUUCUUCUUUUCUGUUUUUGCAAUAUUUCUGGUAGUGCCCAAACUGAUUGCAAUUUCUACAUUGCACCUUCUUGAACCAACACCAAUCUUCAGAAUGAUUGGUUUUCUUGCAAUACUUGCAUGCAGGAUAUUCCUUUCUCUCCUUCACUGUCAAGUUGUUGGGUUGCCAACUACUUGAAUUCUGGUGAUUUGGUCUCCAUUCUUUGCUUUUAUCUUUCCUUCCAAUCUGCUUGGUUCUGGAGAAGUUGUAAGAUUGCUGCUGUUUUCCUUUGUAAGCAACAAGUGCAUUCUCACUUGUUCCCUCAUUUCGAUAAGAUUGCCUUUGUUCCACUGCUUGUAAGGCAUUUACAAGAUCUUGGAAACUCAUCUCCGAGAAGUCUUUUGAGUCUUCCAAGGAACAUAUUUUAUGUUCAAACUUCUCCGGUAGACACACCAAUACUUUCUCCACAAUUCUGGAAUCAGGAAAAUCUUCCCCCAACAAUCUCACUUGAUUAACAAGUUUAGAGAUUUUUGAAGAAAAAUCUAUGAUAGAUUCUGAUUCCUUCAUCUUCAGCCCUUCAAAUUGCCUUCUCAAGUUCAUAACUUGCAUUUUUCUUGAUUUCUCAUCUCCUUGGAAUUCGGCUUUAAGCUUGUCCCAAGCUUCUUUGGCAGUCUCGCAUGCCAAAAUUCUGGAAAAUAUCUCUUCACUUACUGCAUUGUGUAUGCAGGUAAGUGCUCUAAAACCUUUGGCUCUCUCUUCAUUGAAGUACUUGAUUUGAUUCAUGGUUGGAUCAUCGUUUAGUGGAGUUGGCUCCUUGCCAUAAUCCACAUAAUCCCACAAGUCAAAUGCCUUCAAAUAAGCCUUCAUUCUCACAGCCCAGGUGCCAUAAUUCACCCCUGCAAAUGAAGGUGCAGUUGCUGAAAAACUGGCUCCAGAAUUCAUUUUUCGUUUCUCACCAAAAAAUGACUUUGAAUUCCCCUUUUUGUAAAUCUCACCUUCCACUCGUGUUUCACACAAUCCCACCUAAGAUCCUAAUUGCUCUGAUACCAAUUGUAGGAAUUAAAACGAAAAAGUCAACAAAAGUCAACAAAAGUCAACUCAGAUCAACCCAAAACCAUGCACUGUUCAGAUUCAAAUCUGGAAUUUCCAGAAAAAUGAAGAACACGGGAAGAACACUAAAAACUGAGAUUUUGCAUAAAAAUGGGCAGAAUCAAGUUGGUUACUGCCAUCCCUCUUCUUUAUUUAUAGAUAAAAGAAAUUACAAGAGUUUUAGUUGAAACCAACUUCUUCUUGUACAUGAUAAGCUAAAAUUCAAAACUUAACUUAAUCCUAAUCAGCUAAUUGAUCAACAUGAUCUGUUAACUAAGAAUAAACUGAACUCAAUCCUAAACUUGGUCAACAUGACCUUUAUUUAAAGAUAAGAUAAACUCAACCUAAUGCUAAGCUAAUUCAAUACUCAGCUAACACUAAAAACUUAAGACACAAUCUUCUAAUCUUCAAUCUUCACAGCCUUGGACUUCAUUGUCUGCAGCAGUCUUGAUUCCAUAAAAUUCAACACUCCUCCUUGGAUUCAAGACUGCACAUCCCAAGCUUUUCCCUUCCUUGGACUUCAUUGUCUGCAGCAGUCUUGAUUCCAUAAAAUUCAACAAUUUCGAGCUCCUUCUGUGGUUGGAGCAAACCCAAAGCUGGUUUCUUUACGCAACAGCAAAUACAGAUAAUUGUGAAACUUAUGCACUCUGUGGCGCAAAUGGUAUCUGUAGCAUUAACCACUCUCCAGUUUGCGAUUGCUUGAAUGGAUUUGUACCAAAAGUUCCAAGAGACUGGAAGAAGACGGAUUGGUCAAGUGGUUGCGUUAGAAAGACUGCACUAAAUUGUUCCAGAGAUGGGUUUCGGAAGCUCUCGGGUGUGAAGAUGCCGGAGACAAGAAAAUCAUGGUUCAACAGGAGUAUGAACCUGGAGGAGUGCAAGAACACAUGCUUGAAGAACUGCAGCUGUACUGCGUAUGCAAACUUGGACAUCAGGGAUGGAGGAAGCGGUUGCUUGCUUUGGUUCAAUGAUUUGAUUGAUAUGAGAACUUUCCUUCAAAACGAGCAAGACAUUUUUAUACGGAUGGCUGCAUCAGAACUAGAUAACGGUGACUCUGCAAAGGUUAAUACCAAAUCCAAAGUGAAGAAAAGGAUCAUAGUAAGCUCUGUGCUGUCUACUGGGAUUCUGUUCGUUGGCCUAUGCUUGGUCUUGUAUGUUUGGAAAAAGAAGCAGCAGAAAAACAGUAAUUUUCAAAGAAGAUCAAAUAACAAGGACUUGAAGGAAGAACUAGAAUUACCCUUCUUUAACAUGGAUGAGUUGGCUUGUGCAACAAAUAACUUUUCUAUAUCCAAGAAACUAGGAGAAGGGGGUUUCGGAACAGUUUAUAAGGGAACAUUAACAGAUGGACAAGAAAUAGCUGUUAAGAGGCUCUCUAAGAAUUCAAGACAAGGACUUGAGGAGUUCAAAAAUGAAGUCCAACAUAUUGUGAAACUUCAGCACCGGAAUCUAGUGAGGCUUCUUGGAUGCUGUAUUCAAAGUGAUGAAACGAUGCUGGUCUACGAGUUCUUGCCUAACAAAAGCUUGGACUUCUAUAUUUUUGAUGAGACUCAUCGCUUGCUACUAGAUUGGCCUAAACGCUACAACAUCAUCAACGGGAUCGCUCGAGGACUCCUUUAUCUUCACCAAGAUUCCAGACUAAGAAUAAUCCACAGAGAUCUGAAAACCAGCAAUAUUUUGUUGGAUUACGAAAUGAAUCCAAAAAUCUCAGACUUUGGCCUGGCUAGAAGUUUUGGAGAAAAUGAAACUGAAGCCAAUACUAAUAAAGUGGCUGGAACGUAUGGUUACAUAUCUCCAGAGUACGCAAAUUAUGGACUCUACUCGCUAAAAUCAGACGUCUUCAGCUUUGGAGUAUUGGUGCUAGAGAUAGUGAGUGGCUAUAGGAACAGAGGAUUCAGUCACCCAGAUCACCACCUCAACCUUAUCGGGCAUGCUUGGAUACUGUUCAAGCAAGGCAGGCCUCUGGAACUGGCUGUGGGAUCAGGAGUUGAAACACCCUAUUUGUCUGAAGUUCUACGUUCAAUUCAUGUGGGGCUGUUGUGUGUGCAAGAAAAUACAGAAGAUCGACCAAACAUAUCACAUGUGGUUUUGAUGUUGGGCAAUGAAGAUGAAUUGCCUCAGCCUAAACAACCAGGAUUUUUCACUGAAAGGGAUCUUGAUGAAGCAAGCUAUUCAUCGAGCCAGAACAAACCACCUUCGGCAAACGAAUGCUCGAUUUCAAUGUUAGAGGCAAGAUAGAUUGCUUUUAUUUUCAUUUCAAGUGAUUAAAGGCGAAUUAAUAUUCGAUAGAUGUUCUAGUUUAGGGCUGAGCAUUUCCGGUUCGGUCCGGUUUUGAACCAAAAUAAACAACCAGACCGAAUUAUUAUUUUUUU